AGUAGAGGCAGCCUCCGCUGUAGCAACAUCAGAACCAGAAGUGCGACGGACGGGCCCAGAGUAAUCUCGGCUGUGACAGUGUCAACAACAGGCAGGCUCAAAUGAAAGGCUUCAUCGGAGUCCUGGUGAGUGUGGCUGUAAUCGGUUCCCUGUGUAGUGUUCCGCCCGCCGAGGGCAAGAAUCGCAACCGUGUUCAAAAGUGGCAGCAACGCACGUGGAAAGCCCGUUUCGGAAGUGCCCCGAAAGGUGACUGGAUGUUCGAUGUGCCCGUCAAGGGAAGGACCCACCGGAGGAAUUUAAUUAAUGAUCCGCAAGUGCCUCGGGAAAAAGGACAUAAUGGCGAAAAGAAGGACAUUCUACUGAACCAGAAUGGAGCCGAAAAUUAUCGCAUGAAACGUUUCGCGUUUCAAGAGAACCAAGAUGAUGAUGAUGGCGACGACGGUGACGAUGAACGGGAGCAGUUUACCAAUGACUUGGCCAAUGCUCCGUUCGUGUUCAAUACCGAUGUCCGGUUGAGUGACGACAACGAUUAUUCGGACGAGGACCGUCCAGGCUUUAAUAACGAUUUAGUGGACUUUGACUUUGUGCGUGAUGAUGAGGGCAGUGUGGAGUUUUCACCGAUCCAACCGGGACCGAAUCAACGGUACGUCACAGUGGAAGAACGAGAUCCCUUCCCACAUGCAGCACCCAUUCCACAGGGGAAGAAUGGGACGCGCAAGGUUCAGUACACGCUAAUUGUCCACCACGAGGAGCGGAAUGGGGCUGCUAAUGAUCUAAGAGGAAGCGACAGCUCUUUCCAUUGUUCUCUUGCUCUAGUAUUGGCUGUUUUGGGACAGCGGGUAAAUGCGGCACAUAUUAGAUUGUGAUUGUGAUAAAAAAAAGCUUCAACUUUAAAAGGCAUGCUUCCAUGUAACGAACAAUUUAUCGUCACGACAAUAAAGACUUGCUAUUCAAUGUAGUGCUAAAUAGAACAGAGAAUCAAUAAAAUUCGAUAAUGUUUCAAAAUUGUCGUUGCAAAGGUUUUCUUCACUUUACUUUAA